GUCGUCACGCCGGGUGCGGCGCGCGGCUGCUGCUCCUUGUCGCGUUGAGCGGAGCCCUGGGCUGAGCGCUUGCGGGCGAGUGUUCUCCAGGAGGAAGGACUCGAAAGCGAUGACAGCUGAAGAGGUGAAUGGCGUUUCAGGUCUUACGGAAAGAGAGGGAAGAGCGAAGUUCACGGAGGCUGCCACGAUUGGCCGCGCCUCUGUGACGUCCUGUGGCAGGGGCCUUGGGAGUUCUUACGGGAGAGAUACACCUUACUCUAAAUAUGGCAGUUACCGCGUCUCAAGUCUUGUUUUUCUUCUUUUUUUCCGUUUUAUCUUUGAGUCAUAAUUAUCCUUCAAAGUAAUGUAAGCCCACUAAGACCAGAGACUUUAUUUAGUUCAUUCCCGAUAUCCCCAGCGCCUGGAACAUAAGAGGCACUGAAGUUCUGUGAAAUAAUACAAGUAACCUGCCCACCUGUGAAAAUUAAUAAGCAGCUGAGAAACGCUAGUAAUAACGGCCAAACCUUGGUACUGCAUUUUACGUGGAUCAUCUCAUUUACUCUCCUUAACAGCCCCACGAGGUACAUACAUCACUUUUUCAGAUAGGAAACGGAAGCACAGAAGAUAAUUUGCUCAAGAUCAUAGAAUGAGGAAGUAGCAAGACUGAAAUUCAAGUACAUUGCUCUGCAGUACUAAGAAAUAUAAUGAAGCAACAGUUUUUAGUUUAAACAUUGUUUUAGAUGGCAAAGACUAAUUCCUAGUAAUUACUGACCUGUUUCUGUCAAAUCUUUCACGGGAGAGGUUCCGUAACGUUUUGCCUAUUUUAAACUUAAACUUGCAGACGUGUUCUAAAUGCUCAUUGUUUGCAUCCUCUUUGAAGUAUCAGUUUAUUGGAAUUUACAGCGUUUCUACAAAAAUGCGAACAACUCUGAUUAUGCGAAAGAUAAACCUUGAAAGAGUAACAUAAGUGAGACACUAAAUCAAAAAAGCAAGAAAAAGCUGAGAGGAGUUUUGCAGUUUUUCUGAAUUCUUUAUAUGACACUUUAUUUCUAGAAACUGAUUUUCAGAUCUGGGAGAAAACUUAAAAGUUACUCAGUUCUUUCAUUUUGGUUCUGAGGAAGCCGAUCUGAAAGAGAUUAAAUGACUUGCUAAAGCUGAACAGUCUUAAACUGAGCUGAGACAGGUAUUUAGAUGCCCUAACUUGGAGUUAAGGGGCUCUGGUGGCACAAUGGUUAAGCCCUCAGCUCCUAACCAAAAGGUCAGCUGUUCAAACGCACUAGUGAGCAGCUCUGCAGAAGAAAAGACCUGGCAAGCUGUUCCCUUAAAGAUUACAGCCUAGAAACUUAAUGGGGACGUUCUACUCUGUCCUACAGGGUCGCUAUGAGUCAGUUGACUUGAGGGCACACAACAACGACUUGGAGUUAAAUGUUCUUCUCAUUGUAUGAGCUGUCUAAAAUCUGAUUUAAUUUUCAUAACAAUGGUGAGAUUAGUGUAUAGGUAUUGUUAUCCCUAUUUUCCAGAUAAGAAAAAAAAAAAGUUUUGAUGGCAAUAGCAGCUACAUUGGCUGCUUGAAAGGCUGAAAAGUAGACAUUGGUUCAAAUCCUUUUCUGUAUUGAGACCCUGGGUGAGUAAUUCAAUUUCUCAGCUACAGCCCCCUCAUCAGGAAAAUACCAUACUAACGCUUUCCUUGAAAAGUUAUCAAAGGAGUGAAGAUUAUAUAACACAGUUUGCACAGAGUAUGUGCUUAAUAACUGGUAGUUGUUUUUUAAAAAAAAGUUUUCUGUCAGAGGAGGCAGAGUAGAGAAGUGGAAAAAGGGCAGGCUUCAGAGUGGCCCAGGCUUGGAUAAAAUCCCAGCUCCAGCAUUCACCUGUGACAAAUACUUCACCUCUCAGCUCCAGUUUCCUCACCUGUGACAUGCAAGUUAUGAUCCCCACUUCACGGCAUUGUAAGCAUUGGAGCUCAGCUAUGUAAAGUGCCUCUUCUAUUGCCUCUACCUGGAGGUUUAUCGGAGGCUAUCAACUGUCAUCCAAGGAGAAAAGCGGCAGGAUGCUGGCAAAGGAUAAGGGAAAAAAAUCAACCAGUAGACAUGAUGACCAUCAAGGCCUUUAGCUUGGUCUCUGCUGUUGAGCGGGAGCUGCUAAUGGGUGACAAAGAUCGCAUCAAUAUAGAAUGUGUUGAGUGCUGUGGGAAGAACCUCUAUGUUGGCACCAAUGACUGCUUUAUUUACCACUUCCUGUUGGAGGAGAAGACUUCACCCACUGGAACAGCUGCAUUUACUGCCACUAAACAGCUGCACAGACACCUGGGUUUCAAGAAGCCAGUGAAUGAACUGAGAGCAGCGUCAGCCCUCAACAGGCUCCUGGUGCUCUGUGACAACUCCAUAACUCUGGUCAACAUGAUGAACCUAGAGCCCAUUCCAACGGGGGCCCGAAUCAAAGGGGCAGUGACAUUUGCUUUGAAUGAGAAUCCUGUGAGCGGGGACCCAUUUUGCGUGGAAGUUUGUAUCAUUUCUGUCAAACGCAGAACCAUCCAGAUGUUUAUGGUCUACGAGGACCGGGUUCAGAUAGUCAAGGAAGUGUCGACUCCAGAGCAGCCCUUUGCUGUGGCUGUGGACGGUCACUUCUUAUGCCUGGCCCUUACUACUCAGUACAUCAUCUUGAACUAUAACACGGGGGUCUCCCAGGACCUGUUUCCUUACUGCAGCGAAGAGAAGCGCCCGAUUGUGAAGCGGAUAGGCAGACAGGAGUUCCUGCUGGCAGGCCCAGGAGGACUGGGCAUGUUUGCAACAGUAGCUGGAAUAUCCCAACGUGCCCCUGUGCACUGGUCAGAGAACGUGAUCGGGGCAGCCGUUUGCUUUCCCUACGUCAUAGCUCUAGAUGAUGAGUUCAUCACAGUUCACAGCAUGCUGGAUCAGCAGCAAAAGCAGACCCUGCCUUUUAAGGAAGGCCACAUUCUACAGGAUUUUGAAGGAAGAGUGAUUGUUGCCACCAGUAAAGGAGUUUACAUCUUGGUUCCAUUACCUCUGGAAAGGCAAAUCCAGGACCUUCUGGCGAGCCGCAGAGUGGAAGAGGCACUGGUUUUAGCAAAAGGAGUCCGGAGGAACAUUCCCAAAGAAAAAUUUCAGGUGAUGUACAGAAGGAUCCUACAGCAGGCGGGGUUUAUACAGUUUGCACAGCUGCAGUUCCUGGAAGCUAAAGAGCUCUUCAGAAGCGGCCAGCUUGAUGUCCGGGAGCUGAUCUCUCUCUACCCCUUCCUGUUGCCUACCUCCUCUUCAUUCACACGGUCUCACCCUCCUCUUCAUGAGUACGCAGACCUCAACCAGCUGACCCAAGGGGACCAGGAGAAGAUGGCCAAGUGUAAACGAUUCCUCAUGAGCUACUUGAAUGAAGUCCGCAGCACAGAGGUGGCAAAUGGCUACAAAGAAGACAUCGACACAGCCUUGCUCAAACUGUAUGCAGAGGCCGACCAUGACAGUCUGCUGGACCUCCUGGUCACCGAGAACUUCUGCCUUCUCACGGACAGCGCAGCCUGGCUAGAGAAACACAAAAAGUAUUUUGCACUGGGACUGCUUUAUCACUAUAACAACCAAGACGCCGCUGCCCUGCAGUUAUGGGUGAACAUCGUGAAUGGAGAUAUCCACGACUCGACUCGCUCGGACCUCUACGAGUAUGUGGUUGAUUUUCUUACCUACUGCUUAGACCAGGAACUCGUGUGGAAGUACGCUGACUGGGUAUUGCAGAGAAGUGAGGAGGUUGGAGUUCAAGUUUUCACCAAGAGACCUGUGGAUGAACAGCAGAGGAAUAGUUUUAAUCCAGAUGAUGUUAUCAACUGCCUUAAAAAAUACCCCAAAGCCCUUGUCAGAUAUCUGGAGCACCUGGUUAUAGACAGAAGACUGCAGAAGGAAGAGUAUCACACUCACCUGGCUCUCCUGUACCUGGAAGAGGUGCUGCAGCAGAGACCCAGCGCCAACGGCAAGGGUGCAGAAGUGACCGGGACGCAAGCAAAACUACGAAGCCUACUCCAGAAAUCCAACUUCUACAGAGUCCACUUCCUAAUAGAUAAGAUCCAAGGCACCGGCCUUCACAUGGAGAGCGCCAUCCUCCACGGGAAGCUGGAGGAGCACGAGAAGGCCCUGCGCAUCCUGGUCCAGGAGCUGAAGGACUUCUCGGCGGCGGAGGACUACUGCCUGUGGAGCUCCGAGGGCAGGGGCGACCCCUACCGGCAGCGGCUCUUCCACACGCUGCUGGCCAUUUACCUCCGCGCUGAGCCCGCGGACUGUGAGCUGGCCGUGCCCGCCGUGGACCUCCUGAACCACCACGCCGCAGAAUUCGACGCCGCCCAAGUCCUGCAGUUGCUGCCCGACACCUGGUCAGUCCAGCUCCUCUGCCCGUUCCUGACCGGAGCCAUGAGGCACAGUAUCCACACCAAGAGGAUGACUCAGGUAGCCCUAGGCUUGGCCAAAUCUGAAAACUUAAUCUACAAAUACGAUAAGAUGACGUUAAAAGGAAGCUCAGUUCAGCUCUCAGACAAAAAGCUUUGCCAGGUGUGCCAAAACCCCUUUUGUGAGCCUGUGUUUGUUAGAUAUCCAAAUGGUGGGCUUGUCCACACCCACUGCGCUGCAAGCAGACACACGAACCCAAACUCACCCAGCCGUGGCAACCGGACUUGAAAAAACCCCACCUGAGGAUGUGGGUGGACUCGUAGCUCUUUACCAAGCCUGCUGGUGGCAGAGAGCAACCAAGAGGAAGAGGUUACAUCCUGGGUGCUGGGAGACUUCAGUCAAUGUGAAAUGAGGACUCUUUAACUGCUGACCACUUUAUACGAAUGUAAAUGGAAAAUACCUUAAAAUACCCAACAUAGAGACGUUCAACAGUUAACUUGUCCAGGUACAUAGUAAUAAAAAAAAAAAGUCUCCUUUGGAAAAAAAAAAUGAGCCUUUGCUGUGCUAUCCAGACACGUUGGAUUCCCCACCACCCCGCCCCCCUGUAUUUUGCAACACGAAUUUGCACUGAAAACAUUUUGCGUCCACGUGGCAUGGAGAUAAAGCCUCUCUCAACGGGGACUGGCAGGGCACAGAGCCCCGCAGUGGGCAGGUUUCGCUGGAGACAUCUUUCCUUCCUAUGUCCAUGCCCUCUCUGUCCACGCACACAGCCAUUUGGUGUGUCCCUGUCCACUCUCCAGGGUUAUAUAGUGAGCUCUUCCUUUGCCCUUAGAGAUGGCUGACCUUAGGGAAAAAUUUGUGUUCUUUCUUACUUCCCGUCCAUCCCUCAACCCCGGAAAGAUUCUGCCUUUUUUACCAAAGCUCUUGCUUUUGGGUAAAUUUGUAUGCUUCCAGCUGUAUAGCAAGUAAAGGCCUAUUAGAAACGAUAAAGCCUCCCAGAGAGAAGCUGCGUUCACCAUUUGGAAGAUGACAGCAGUGUCAGGAACAACGCAGUGGCCAAGGCCCAGCUGCGUGUCGUCGCAUCUGCUGAUUUGAAACCCCACGAUCAAUAUAUUUGACUAAAAAAAUUUUAUUCGCACUUAAAUCAUAUUCACCUGUUUUCUCUGUUCAGAAAUUCAUCUGUCAUAGUCUUUAGAGAUAUUUUUUUCUCAUUAAAAUGUGCCUCCUGUUCAGUACUUGGGAAACUAAAAGGGAAGUAUUGAUGAGCACAAACGAAGCCUUGUUGUCCCGGGAGCCCUUAACCUCACACGCUCAGCAGGGCAGGUGGUGGGGAAAGCUGCCUUUCCACGGGUGAUGGAGAAGCUCUUUCCUGACGGCACCGCAUGGAAAUAGGCUGCCUUACCUCACAGAGUGCUCUGCACGCCUGCCCCCAAGUUACCGAUGACAGAAAGACGCCUCUCAUUCCUGACGGACUGCGAGUUCAUUUCGUGUCUCCGUAACCAUUGGUGAUAAGCUGAAGCUGUCGUACUUUCACUGCCCUCUUUUGAAUUUAUUCAUCGUGAUCAUUGAUUCUAUUAGAAACUAACAAUAAAGA